CUGACCGUGACGUCACAUGGCUCCAAAUAUGGCGACGUACAGGACAGGGAUUUCUCUACAAGUUAAUAACAGAGGAUCCUUACACUCCGAAUAUAGACAAUUAUGAAGAAUAUAUUCCGGAAGAUCCAAUGCUGGUUAUUCCUGGGGAUAGCAUUGGGGUUUUCUAUGGACCCAAUUUGUCUUUAGGGUUGUCAUAUGGCGAGCGGCCAUGUAUGUCUCCACAUGACUCCCUGAUAAGAGAUGUUGGAGCCACUGAACCAAAAGUCCCGAUUGGGGGUGUUCGCGAAUUUCAUCAAUCUUCAAACUGUUAUGUUCCCUCACUACAAGUCACAAUUAAUGUUACUGGAAAUUCAACACAAAUGACUAUACCAACAAACAAUGUUCUAACAUCUACAAACAAUGUAACAACAUCUGGUACCUCUACAACAAAUGCUCUUAUGACAACAUUUGAUUCCAUGACAACAUAUGAUCUUACGACAACAACCGAUGAAAAUACAGCAUUUGAUUCUACUACAACAGAAGAUGCAAUGACAACAUCUAAUCCUGCUACAACAGAGAAUCCAACUUUUUUAAUAUCUGCUUCCACAACAGAAGCUUAUUCAACUGCAACAUCUGGUCAUACUGCAACAUCUAUAAUGGCUAAUCAAACUACAAUGUCUGACCCUAUUAUAGCAGCUGAUAAAAUUCUAACAUCAGAUCCUACUUUAACACCUGAUCAGAUAACAACAUCUGAUUCUACCUUAUCAUAUGACAAAACAACAACAUCUGAUCCUACUUUAACAUCUGAUCAAACUACAGCACCUGAUUCUACUUUAAAAUCUGAUCAAACCACAACAUCUGAUCCUUUUGUUACAUCUGAUCAAAC